AUGGCUUCUUCACAUGACGCUGGUGCAAAUCUGUCUCACUUCGACACCGCAUUAUUAGUAGCCCGCCUUUUAGGCCAAAAUCCUCUCCGCGGCGAGGCGGCAGCGGCGGACACCAUUUUGUCGCACUGUCGCAGAAGCGGCAGCGGCGGCAGCGGCGAAGACCAUUUUUCGGAAAACGCAACCCUUGCAAGUAUUUCUUCCAGCAACGCAAACCCCAUCGCCCGCGGCGGCGCCAGUGUUGGCGGCGAACGCGGCGGCGCAUUUUCCGGCAGUCCAGCCGCUAACAAAGAAGAAAAGGCUGAAUCGUAUCAGUGGAAGAAAUACGGGCAUAAAUUUCUUUCCUCCCAGAAUGCGAAAAGGUUCUACUACCACUGCGUGGAGCGCGACACGACCGGCUGUCCCGCGAAGCUCAUUAUCGACAAGGUCCCGAAGAAGAAGAAGAGCAAGCACGGCCGCCGCGCGGAACUUAAGGACUUCGUGGCGGCGCGGGAAGUUCCAGGAUCCACCGCGCGGCAGCCGCCGGUUGAUGGAGCCGCCGUCGUUGGGGCUGAUCGCGAGUCCGGCUCGCCGCGAAUUGCGGUCGCAGGUUGGGGGGAGAAGGGGGAGAACUCGGAGGAUUCCGAUUUCGGAUGUGAGGAGAAUCGCGAAAUUCUCGACGCGCUUCCCGUGCUCGAGCGACGCGUGGAUCGCACGCUCACCCCGCGCCGCUUCUGGUGCCGCAAUCGGCACAACCACCUUCCGCCGCCGCAGCAGCCGCUCCACAUGAUCGUUUCCGCCGCCGCCGUCGCGCAGCCCCGCAUGCACGUCGCGUCGGCGGCAGCGGGUGCCAGCGCCGCUGCUGCUUCCACCGCCGCCACGCUGCUUCCGCCGCCGCCGCCGGGUAUCUUUACCGCCGUUCCGCCCGCCGCGACGCUUACUCCGACGGUCGCGCCGACGGCCUCCGCCACCAGCGGCGCCGCGAACGCCGGCGGCGGCGGAGAAACCCCACGCGGCCCACUGACUCCGAAUCUAGAGGACUGGCCGCUUGCGCCCAAGUCGCACAGCCCGCCGGUGGGGCCAAGCAGCCCCGAACCUGCGACGGCGGGGCUGGAGCGCGGAUUUCCGCCUUGUGGGUUUCCGCCGCGCGGAUUGCGGCCGAGCGGAUAUCCGCCCUGCGCGCACGCAGGUCGGAAACGGGCGCGGAGCCCGGUGGCGCGCGGCGCGGCGGCGGACAAUCAUCACAAGAUCGCGGGGUGGGAUCGCGGUAGCGCCAUGAUGACCCGGCGCCGGCCGUGCAGCACUGCUGGCAGAGAUCGUGACGUGUUGGCCGUCAGGCGCGGCGAUUCCGCGUUGCACUCGCAACCCCCGCCGCCCGCCGCGCCCGGCCCAUCCAAUUUCCAGUAUUCAUUCCCGCCGUUGGGCGCGUUCAAUGCGCGGUCGACCCGUGAAGCCCCUCUUCUCUCUGCGCUGCUGGACACCCUGCGCCCGACCACCGCCGCCGCCGCCGCUGCUACCGCAGACGCGCGCGCUACGGUCGCAGCAGCGCCCGACAGCUUCGCGGCCGCAGCAGCGCGCGACAGCUCAGCGGCGGCGGGCGCGCGGCCAAGCGCGGGCGGGUACGACGGCGGUCUGCUUGGGGGAAUCGCGGGUGCGCAAAGUCCUGCAGCCGAGGUCAGCCUGACAGCGCAUCGCGUGUUCCCCCGCGGCGCCUGCGUCUCCUCCGUGUGCGGAGAUCCCACGGACGCUGGGACGCAUUCCGCGUGGGGAAAUGCCUCGGACGGGGGGGCGGCAACCGCAGGUGCGAACGCGGCCACGGCGGAGGCCGCCGGUGAUCCUGCGCCUGGGAAGGCGGAGGAGGGAUUUGAGACGCUGUGGUCUUAUGUGGAGGCGAAUCUGCGGCAUCGCGUGACUUCGCAAGGCGCAACAGCAGCUGCAGCAGCUGCAGCUACUGCAGCAGCUGCAGCUACUGCUGCUGCUGCUCCGCUGGGGUUGGCUUCCCUAGCAGCAGGCACUGCUAGGUCACAUGGUUUCGUGAUGAAUGAGAUCAGCAACGUUCAGCGCAGGCUGGCGGCAAGCCUGCCACGUGGGCUUCUGGGAUUGGCCGAGGAGCAGCGAACGGAGGCAAUGCAACAAGCUGAAAAGGGUGCUCAUCAUGAGUCUUCCGUGCUUCAUGUUGGCUCGAGCUGCCCUGUUCUGCCCCCUCUGUCGUCCUCCAUCCCUGCUGCUUCUGCUACUGCUGCUGCUGCUGAUGGUGGCGUUGGCACGGGCAUGGCAGGCAGAAGAUUCGAGGAGAUUCAGGCGCUUUACAUUCGAGGGCUGCUUUGUGGUCAGGGUCUGGUGGGGAGCGGUGGUGAGGGGUUAAUGGGGAUGGAAAGGCGCUCGACCGAGAAAAAGACGAGUGUGUUUGCUGGGCAAGGACCGCAUGAGAUGGGAGGGCGGAGCGUGUGUGUGGAUGAUGGGAAUUUUGGGUUGAGGGAGGCAGGAGAGGGAGGAGGAGGAGGAGGAGGAGGAGGGAUGGUGGCACGGGAAACAGUGGAGAUGGAUUUGAUUGGUCAGCUUGGUGACCCAACAGCUUCCGGGAGACAGGCGGGCAGCCAUGGUGCUCCUCAGGUGCUUUCAACAGAGCUGUGCCUCUGA